AGUGUCAAGGCGAAAGCUUAUGAGAGAGGCAAAAUGACCACAACUAUAUUUGUUUAAGAAAUUUAGCAAAGCCAGCGUUUCAGUGGUAGUGUUUGAAGCUUGCUGCACAAGACUAAAUAGGUCCGUCGCGCUUAGUGCUACACGGCGCUCCUUGGACCACAUGGGCGUACUACAAAGAGAACGAAGAUGCUCGCCUCAGCUUCACAAGAGGCGAAGGAUCUAAGAUGGCGUCUCUUAGGAGUGCAGCGGCCCAUAACACUGAGCAACAAGCAAAACAUGGGCUCAGCGGGUAGCUCAAAAAUAAAGGCCUCGAAUAAACAUGUUCAGCCCUUCUCAAAGAGGGUCUCGAAUAUUACAAACUCUGAUAACUCCAAGGAAAAAACCUGGAAUUCGGGGAAUAACAAUGUCCUCGGAAGGUCGUCAUCUGAGUCAAAGAGACCAGAGAAAGAAGAAAAAGAAACUCUUGAAGAUCCAUUAAUUAAGCUCCACUCAGAGAAAUGUCCAGAUCUAAAGGACUCUUUCAUAUCAUUACACGAAGCAAUAAAUACUCUUAAUACUCAAGUUGACAGUGAGGGUGUUUUUCUUAAUGAGGGUGCUAUAAGCAAAGUUAUGGGUCGUGUAUCGUCAGUGUACUCCAAGCACCGUACGAGUAAAAGUAAAAAGCAACAACUUGGAAUAUUCUUAGUUGACAUUCAAUUUCCUGAAAUUGUGGUUAGAAUAUUCUGCAUUGUUAAGGGGGUGUGUCCAGAGUAUCUCACUUAUGAUGUGCCAGUAGCAACUAAAGCGAAAAACGAUGCCACAGAUGAUGAAGCUGGUAAGGCUAGUGAAGCUCUAGGAGAGAGGUCCAAGGCAGAGGAAGGUGAAAAACAAGAUCUGGCUGUUGUACAAUUGGAUACUCAGGACCCUCCUGUGAACAAAAAAGCACCAGCUAACAAAGAAACACUGUCAAGCAAUUUAGCUCAAGAGGAAAAAAAUUUGCCAGAAUCAAAUGCUCUUAACACAAAAGGAACUCCAAAUGAUAAAGAUUUGCAAGAGGAUGGCAUUAGAGACUCAACAGGAAAAGAUACAGAGCAAGAGGGUGUUAUUGGAGAUGCAAACAAUUUGUCAAAUAUAAAACAAGGGAACAGUGAUCAUAAUAUCAAUCAGUCCAUAAGGAUGAAUGAAAAUCAACAUGCUACAAACAGAGAAGAUAAGGAUUCUACUUCUAAAGAGGCUGACGAUGAUCAAGUCAAGAGGAUCAAGGCAGCACAAAAACUAGUACAAACAGCUACAAUUGUGACAAUUAACUUCUCUGAUCGCAGUGAUGAGUUCUGCAUAGGAUGCGGUGAAGCUGGCUUAAUUGGAGAACUAACUGACAUGGUUUCUAAGUUAAGAGACUGCACUGCCUCUAUGGUUAAAUAUCAGAAUCCAGAGACACAGGCAUUAAAAUGCAAAACUCAGAGAGGGAAAAUUCUUAACACCGCCAUGGGAACCAUGCACAACUUGUCAAGGAGGAUACCAUGCCGUCAAUACUUCAAAAAAGCAGAUACUGUGAAGGUGCUACUUCCAAUGUUGAAUGAUGAGGUAUCACAAUUUGCGGCCAAAGCUCUGUUGAUCCUGGCAUAUCUCACAGAUGAAAGCAAUAAUAGUCUGAUAAUGGCAAGUGAAGAGCCAAUACAAUUCCUGAUUCACAUCCUUUCAAAGUCCUGUUCUUCGAAUUCCAAUCGCUACCUCGGGUUCACAAACAGUGAGCUUGCAGAAGGGCUCUCACAGAUUGCUGUCAAUGAUAGCAAUAAAAAGCUGAUUGGUCAGCAUGGAGCUAUUCCCAUCCUUGUCGACAUGCUGGCUAAUGCUAAGAAUGAUGAGCAGCGGAGAUGUGGUGCUGAAGCUUUGUGGGUACUGUCAUUUGAUAAUGAGAACAAGGAAGCCAUUCUGACCACUCCCAAUGCGGUAGAAUUACUGAAGGAGCUACAGCAUAGUGAGGAUGAUUCAGUGAAAAAGGCAGCAGCUGGUGUGUUGUGGGAGAUCGAGGGGAAGGAGUCCCAUACUGUCAAAGAAAGCACUGCAGAUGAACCACUUAGGAAUCAUGUGAUGAUUAGUUACCAGUGGGACGUCCAGCCCACUAUGAUCCAGGUGAAGAGCAAGCUUCAGGCGGCAGGCUACAGGGUGUGGAUGGACUUGGAGCAAAUGGGUGGCUCCACUCUGCAGGCCAUGGCUAAUGCUGUAGAAAAUGCAGAGGUGGUACUCAUGUGUGUAUCACAGAAAUACAAGGAGAGUCCUAAUUGCAGAUCAGAGGCUGAAUAUGCCUUUCAGCUCCGUAAAGACAUUGUUCCUCUGAUGAUGGAGAAAAGUUAUCGUCCGGAUGGUUGGCUUGGCAUGAUUAUGGGAGCAAAGCUGUGGAUUGACUUCUCAGACAAGCAGACCCUGCCUGUAGAUGACAGUUUUGAGAAGCUUCAGAAAGAGAUUGGGAUGAGAGGAAGAGGAAGAGGAAAUGUUGUAGAAAGUAAACUCGUAGCUGUUCAACACGAUGUUGUUGAUGUAUUUCCGAAGAUUGACAUCAGCAAGUGGUCCAAAGAUGAUGUUAUGAACUGGAUGAACGGAUUUGGUCUUCGUCUAGGAAACGAUUCUACGAUCGCGUCUCACUUGAGUGGCAAGCUACUCCAGCGACUGGCUAAACUUAGAUCUGAGAGUCCUGAGUUUUUCUACUCAUCGGUAAAACAGGACUUUGGCUUCGCCCACCUGCAAGAGGUCUUGCUGUUCGUAGAUGAGCUCAACAAGCUUGUGCUGUGAUUUACAUGCCUCAACCAUAGUCCCGUUUGAAAAGUACCAACAUCGAUCAGCAUUGCUGUCGAAGUCUUGCUCAACUAACCACAAGACAAAUAAAAUACUGGCGAACUCUCGCAGCACCUUCCACAGUGUUGUAUUAACAGUUAUUAAUUAUAGAUAUAUCUUAGUCGAAAGGUUGCACUUUAUGUGGAGCUAAGCUCUGUUGUGUUUCCUCCACUAUUUACAUUUAUUUAGUACGAUUUAAUCUUUUUUUUAACGGUGAAAGUUUGUAAAUAAAUAAAUUAAUAAAAAUAAAUUCGAAUCCACUCGGAAAUAUCGCAACAGCUUUCUAAACCAGCCGAUGGUAAUGGGUGUUUUCUCUUACUAAGUAUCUAAGAUACCCGUGAGUGAUCUUGAUGUGAACAGAGGCUCUUGGCCAUGUAAUGGUCGGGUGUGCCAGGCGUGAUGUCUAUGAAUCAACCUAUUUAUGAUGUACAGUGUUAUGAAUAUAAAUAAAUAUUUGAUGAUAAAA